UCACUUUCCUUCUCUCUCACCGAUGGUGGCGGUUGUCGCCGCUCGACAGGCGGGUCUCCGGCGAGUACUAGUCUUCCCCAUUCAGGAUCGACGGAAACCUCUGAGAAGUUUCGCCUUCGCCGUCAUGAAAGAUGGGUCGGCUAUAUCUUCCGACCCCGAGGAGGACGGCGUCGACUUUGAUCUUCGUUCGGCCCCAGGAUUUCCGCGGCUCGAGAUGUCGUAUAGUCAACGCGAUCUGGGACCAAGAAUUCCUCAAAUCGAGGCCUCAUCGAGUCGAUCGAACCUUCGCUUCGACCGUCUGCAGCCUCCGGAUGACGAAUUCGAUUGCGAGCACAGAAGGGCCUUCGGUCGUUUGGUUGCACGGGAGGCCGUUCGUGAUGAAGAACUUUGGAUGGCGGCGUGGUUAAGGGCGGAAAGCUACUGGGAGGAGCGCUCAGAUGUUCGAGUAACAGAUCAACAUCCAACAGAAUCUUACCAUCUUCAAAAUCAUAAAAGGCAAUUCACAGUUCAGGAAUUCAAUUCACUAAAGAAAAGAUGCAGUACGAACCAAGAUGAGAAGUGUGUCUGCAUUGUUGUGGUAAGGAAGCAUGAAGAAAAUAUUAAGCACGCUGUGAUGAAUAGCAUAUUUGGGACCCUGGAUUUAAGCAUACGGCAUUUUUUAUGCGGAGAGACAAUUCCUGGAGAGCGCAUGAAGCCACCAGCAUCUUCCAAUCUCUCCCAGACAGAGCGACCAAGAUAUGCAUAUAUCGCAAACUUGUGUGUUGCCAAGCAUGCCCGUCGGCAAGGCAUUGCCACAAACAUGUUAUCGUUAGCUAUUGACGUGGCCGCAUCAUAUGGUACCAACCAGAUCUUUGUAGAUGUGGACAGGGAUAACAUCGGAGCUCAGAAACUAUAUGAGCAAAUAGGAUUUCAGAUGGUCGAACAGGCUGGUCCUCACUUACCGGCUGACAAGAACUACUUGCUGUGCUUGAAGAUUUGAAGUUUCUUCCGGCAGCCGACUGUUUCCAUGUCCUCCUGUAAAGGUCAGCAUCAAUAGAUUUUCUCAAACAUCAACACCCUUCUUUAUACUCAUGGAAUCAAGUAUAGUCGACGAGAAAUACCGCUAAUUGUUGUAUAUCCUACCAAGUCUAACCUCUUUUUCUUCCGAAAGAAUGUCGCACAAAUUUUAAUGCCAAAGACAUAAGAAACCUUUACGAAA